GAGGACACAAGCGAACCAGCUGGUUAGAUGCGGAGACGAUUGAGUGAGUGAGCCAUGCCGAUGCCCAAGGGUCCAGCUCAAGAGGAUGCAGCUGGGCUCUUGGCUCAUCCCUUAGGGAGAGCUCAGAACCACAGGAAGGUCUGGUACUCGGGAUGCGUGUGGCUGGGCCUGGAGGUGGGAAACUGAGGGAAGGGGAAGAGUAAGAGAGAGCGAUGGGGCGAAGGGGCAAGAAGGGAGGAAAGGAGGGGAGGAGAGACGAGGAAUACAGGCGGGGGAGAGCCAGGGCCCUCCCUGCAUGCCGGAGUGUCUGCAUGUCAUCUCUGACUCCCCAGGAGGGCCAGGGGUCACCGGUCCAAAGGACCCAGUGGAGUCCUCCUGAGCUCGGACCCCCUCACCAUGGACAACUACUGCAAGACAAGUAAUCCGUCUGGCACUGAGGCCGCAGAGCUGGCUGCAGGAUUGGGGCUCACUGGCCACGUGGCCUUCCGGUCCAUCACGGUAGCUGUGGCCCUUUGCGGGCUGGUGGGAAAUGGACUGGUCAUCGGGUUUGUCCAUCUGUCGGCCCAGAAGAGCUCCUUCUUCGUCUACAGCUCCAAUCUGGCCAUCGCAGAUUUCAUGCAUCUUUGCUUCCAGAUUAUGUUCUCUGUCCGCCAAAUCCUGAGGUUUUUCCUCCGACGGUGCUUUCACCUUCCCGAGGUCUUCGUGGUCCUGACGUUCUUCUUCUACUUCACUGGCCUGGGCAUCCUGACGGCCAUCGGCUUCCAGCGCUGUCUGUCCGUCCUCUUCCCGAUUUGGUAUCGGUGCCAUUGCCCCGAGCACCUGUCGGCCAUCGUGAGCGUCCUCCUCUGGAUUCUGACCUUUUUGAUCAAUAUCCUGAGAGGCCACGCCUGUGGUCAGUUACUCAUCCCAGAGACAGAGUUCUGUCCCGCGCUUGUGACCGCCACCGCCGCCUGGGUCUUCCUCCUGUUCUCCAUCCUGGGCGCGUCCAGUCUGCUGCUGCUCUGCCGCCUCCAGGCCAGCGCCCAGCAGCAGCAUCCCCCAAAGCUCUACGUGGUCCUUCUGCUCUCUGUCCUGGGCUUCUUCCUCUUCGGUCUGCCCCUCAGCAUCAUCAGGUUCGCCGUGGCCAAAACGAGAGAUCACACCCUCAACGACCUCUGUGUCCUCCUGUCCUGUGUCAACAGCACGGCUAACCCUGCCUUCUACCUCAUCGGUGGCCUUCACAGGAAGCGGCCGAGCAAGCCCCUCGAGGUGGUCCUCCGGGGAGCCCUGGGCGAGGAGGUGGAGUACGGGGAAGAUGGGAAGGUGCCCCCCAUUGGCAAGGAGGAGAAGGAUGGACGCAGGUUCCUGAAGCAUGGCACCCACAAUUUCCAGGUAGUAACCAUGCCUCAUCGUCAGCAGAGAGCUCCCCAAGGCAGCCCCUAAGAGUUCCCUUCUCUGUGCAAAAAAACUA